UUGUAAAAUUGAAUGAAUCUCACAAAGAACCCACCAAAAAUCAGGUCUUUGUUCAAUAAAAAGACCCAUGACCACUUUAAAAUAUACGACCUAAAUCAUACACAAACAACUUUAAUAAAAUAAAUACCUCAAAUUAUAAUGCUUAAACCAUUAAAUCAAUUAUUUAAACAUUCCUUAAUCCUUAAAGCUUAGCUCCCCACCAAAAAAAUAAUUCAUGUACUUAUGCUCCCCUCGUCAAUUUUUUUGGAAAACGUAUGUCGCAAUUAAACGUCACUACUAGUCAAAAAAGCCCGUCGACAUAAAUUACUCUUGGUAAAAGGCCAAUGGGGUAGUACACAGUAACAAGUAAAUUCAUUGUCUAAAGAAAGUUGACUGUAUGAAUGAGGAUAUUAUUUAAGCCUGUCUCUUGUUAGUAAGUUCAUGCGUAGGAAUGGAUUUGAUUUGAAGCAGCGACAGAAUUGCAGAGGGAAGAAAAACAAAUGAUUGUAGGCUUUGUGCUCAUAAAAGAUAUAAAAGAGACUGUAACAUUUGUUUUAUGAAAUGCUUUGAAAGAUGCAAGGACUGUAAAUUUGGAGUCUAAGGUCUGAAAUUAGAGAGCAAUGGCGUGGCCGGAGUUCGGAAAUGGCUGGCAGAGUCCGCGGAUCUCAUUUUCCGUCAAUCUUUCGCAGACAGACAGGGAGUCGCCUGGAAAGCAGAAAAGAUCAGACUUCGAUAAUAUGAAUUACAGCACAGAAUUUGAGUUUUGUAGCGUAAAGAGUGUUAACCACUGUUGCGGCACAGAUUUGAGUGGAACUCUGACGUCUGCCGACGAAUUGUUCGUCGACGGCAAAAUUCUGCCUCAAAGUCGUGCUCCGGAAUCUCAAGUUUUAAGUGAUGGCAGUCAUGCGAGUCUGGAAAGCUCGUCGCCGGUUCGAUCCGCGUCGCACAAUCUUUCAAAGACAAGCGGAUUCGAAAACGAUCCAUGCAAAUCUGCUCGCUGGCCGUCCAUCAGGUGGAAAAAUAUAUUCAAGCUGAGCAACAAUGAUCGUUUUUGCCGCGCGUUGAAGGAAGCGCCAGAUCAGGGUUUAAAUGAAGGGAACAACGAUGUGAAAAAUCUUCCGUUCGGAAGAUCGCGGUGGCCAUUUUCAAGGAGCGGCAGGGAAAAGCGGGGGAACUGUUUAUUUUGCGCUUUGCCGUUUUCGAGAAGCAAAUCUGGUGUAGAACGCCAGUCGAAGCCGUGCUGUGAUGCUUCGUCUUACCGAAGCAUUUCCAUCGGGGCUGAGUCCCAAAGGAAGAUUUUGCUCACAGAUUCGAAACCCUUCCGUAUAUCCAGCUUAAAGCGUGAAGAAUUUAAGAAGCCGCCAGAUUUGCCGAAACUCAAAGGCAGUCCGGAAAGGGCUAUGACAAAUUCUCUUCCAAGAGAUUACGGGCGAGGUAGCCCUGGGAAGAGGAACGAGAGGUUCAUGGUUCGAAACUCAAAAAGCCUUGCUGAAGGUGGGAGCAUAAGCAUGAGAGUGAGUCCUGUGGUAAAUAUGCCUGCUUUAGGAAUUUGAGGUCUUUUUUAGGGCUCUGGUUUUCAUGGCUUCCGUGAUUUAUUUUCCUCAAAAAAUUAUGGGAAGGCUUCUUUGCAGGAACAGCUCCUGGCAUCCUAUAUAUUUUAAUGAAUUGCUUUUA